AGACUUUCAGGAUUACGUAAAUGAGUGAGCGGCUCCUACUCUCUGUAAUAGCCGAUAGAACUGAAGCUGAGUUGUGCCUUUUCCGCAACAUGGAUUCAACAAUACCUAAAGAAACUGAGAAGUACUGCGUCUUGUGCUGCCAAGAAGUUGAGAUUUUCGCCUUGGGAAAAUGUGACCACCCGGUUUGUUACAGAUGCUCCACCAAAAUGAGGGUGUUAUGUGACCAGAAGUACUGUGCCGUCUGCCGGGAGGAGCUCGAUAAGGUGAGGGUGCCUUUGCUACUGUGGCUCGAGGAUGGUGACCGUUGAUCCUAGCUAGGCCGCAAUGUUCUGGUAUUUCGAUCAGGAUACGGUGCAUGAAAAAAUAAACUGGGUGGAUCAUAUGUUAAGUAAAUAUCACGUAGACUAGUUAAAGUGACCAACAGGACUUGGCGAGUCUACAUACCCCCCCGCCGUGUCACUACCCUAGCAAAGGUAGCUCAAGAUAACAUCAGCAUGUCCAUCAAUGUAGCCUAGCUAGUUAGCUGACACGUAUAUCUCCGACUCAGAGUUAGUUAACAGGUAAAGUUUUGAGGGUUUUGUGUUUUUAGUUAGUAAUAUUGUAUUAGACAUGGACUUGAGAUUAAUUUAACUGGUGAAACAGUACAACCAGUCAGCUGUCACCUUUCAAACAAACCAACAUAAAGAACUUAUUGAAUGGGAUACCUAGCUAGUUGUUAUGAGUUUCUUUUUGAACCUAUUUAAAGACAAUUGUGUGUCUGGCUGUCAGGAUAUGGUAUGUUGGGGGUGUUUUCUCUCGAUUACAGGAUCUAUGUCGGUAACUAGCUAAAUUUACUAUGGCCAACUUGUCAUCUCAGCUGAACAGUAUUACUCCACGGAGGGCCUCGGUACCUGCCUCCCACUGAAGCGCUGUUUGCUGUCCAUGUUAUGGAAGUCAUGCUGUAAAUUUGGAAAAACACAUUGUCAGCAGAAAUUACAGCCGUAUGUGUUGCUGUCAAAACGUGUCCGGCGUCUUUAUUUCUUCAAGCUUUUCUGCACAGGCUGGGUCUUCAGGAUAAAGUCUUUCCCACAAUUCCACAGUACACCCAUUACAUGACAUUACACCUGAUCCCUGUGACAGCAGCAUUCAUAGUCAGUCACACACCCUAACUGUGCAGUAUCAGACACGUAAUGUCAGGAUUACUAAAAGAAAACAUUCCUCUGAUUGAAAUUUUGGACAUUAUUUACAUCACUUUACCAUGGUUCUGACUUUCAUGUUGCUCUUAGGUGGUGUUUGUUAAAAAACUGGAGGCCUUCUCGUGUCUGCCCUACCAGCAGUUCCCCAGUGAAAAGAAGCAUGAUAUCUAUUUUGGUGAUGACAGGAUAUACAGCCAGUUCAGGUACUGCUCUGCUCUAAUCCUUUUGAUUUUUUUUUUUUUUUUUUUUUUUUUGGGGGGGGGGUGCUCUUGUCUGUUGAAAAUGAAUAACUGUUGAAUGUUUAACAGUUAUAAUCAUUAUUGACUCCUGUGUCUAUUAAAUUCUUGCCAACAGGCAUGUAAAAGGUUGUUAAGAUUUAUGGUAAAUUAUAAAAUCAUAACCUAUACACUUGACAGUAUAAACAGAUAAAAAGGUAGCUUAUUGUGGAUAGAAUUAGAAUCAGCUUUAUUGGCCAAGUAUGUGUAUACAAGGAAAUUGACUGAUAGACUUUACUCUCUGUGUACGAACAUUAAACAUUAAGUAUGAUACAAAUAUGUACAACCUUACAGUAAACAUUUAAUGUAUACAAAGUACUGCUUAAGGCAGCAGUGAAAGGUCAGGAGUGCAAAGAAUGUUAAAUGAGAGAAAAAUAUAAAGAUUGGCCAUUAUAUAAAAGGUGGGUUAUGUACAUGAGGGAGAUAUGCAUUUGUUUUGAAUACAAUAUAAAUUUUAGAUUUAAAAUAGUGGUAUGCAAAGUGUAUGUUGUAUAAGAGAGUGAUGUAUGCAGUUACAAUAUUUAGGUAAGUUGUAAUGGUAGUUGGUAGUUUAAGGUUAUAGAUAAACAGUUAAUAGUAAGAAAUGUUACAUAUAUGAAUGCUUUGAAAAUUUGUUUUCCACAUUUAACCACUUGUGUUUCCUUUCACACUGUUUAAAAGUUUAUGCUGACCACUAUGUAAAGUGAAAGUUAGAUUUUUUUUUAUGUACCAAACUCUUGCAGCCUGCUACAGAGGCAGGGUUUUGUCUUUCACUCUGAAAAGGGGGAAUUGGGCAGUGCUGUUUCUUUGGUAAAAGAGACUCAUUAUCAUAACUUUCUGGUCAUUUAAAGUGUAGGAAUCAUUAUUACAAUUGAUGUUAGAUUGCUUAUUUUACUGAAAGAUAUUUUGGUUUGUUUCCCCAGUCAUUUCCUGUGUUAUUCUGAGUUGUAUUUUAUUGUACCUAAAGUUCUGAAAAGUUUGGGUCUGAUUCGGUUUUGCCACAAUUUUUGUGUUUCAAGGCAUUUACUGUUGCCAGAGUGUGUCCGCUGCCCAGAGCCUAAAGUUUUCUCCAAGUUUGAGGAGCUGGAGCAGCACAUGAGGAAGCAGCAUGAACUUUUCUGCUGCAAGCUCUGCACAAAGCAUCUCAAGGUAUACCUAAAGGACAUUGAUCAGAAGUGUUAACAACACAAAGAUACAACAUCCUCUAAGACAGUAGAUCCAACUUCAAACUUAAAUCUGCCUUCAGAUUUUCUCCCAUGAGCGCAAGUGGUACAACCGGAAGGAGCUAGCACGUCACAGAGCACAUGGAGACCCAGAUGACACGAGCCACAGGGGACACCCGCUCUGCAAGUUCUGUGACGAUCGUUACCUGGAUAAUGAUGAGCUUCUAAAACACCUACGCAGGGAUCACUAUUUCUGUCACUUCUGUGAUGCAGAUGGUUCACAGGAAUAUUACAGGUGUGCUUAUGUGUUGCAAAUACACAGAGAAAUGCAUGCUUUUAUGGUUUAUAUUUACAUUCUGUUUAUUAAUCAUGAUACACAAUACAAAAAAAGUGGCUACUGAACUUGAAUUCAAAGUUUGUGUCCAACAGUGAUUAUCAGUACCUGAGUGAGCACUUCAGAGAGAGUCACUAUCUGUGUGAGGAGGGCCGCUGUUCCACAGAACAGUUCACCCACGCCUUCCGCUCUGAAAUCGACUACAAAGCCCACAAGGCUGCAGCACACAGCAAGAACCGAGCAGAGGCUCGACAGAACCGCCACAUUGACCUGCAGUUUAACUACGCCCCGAGACAACAGAGGAGAAAUGAUGGUCCGUAAUGGUUUUCCAAGUUUUAGUGGUUGUGGACAUCUUAUUCAUAUUUUAUAGAUGGCCUUUUGUAUAGCUCAGGUUAAUGUAGUAGAGCACUUGUGUCUGUAGGUAUGGUGACAGGUGAAGACUAUGAAGAGGUGCGUCAAAGUCGAGGAGGCAGAGGAGGAAGGCCCCAAGGAGGACAGAAGAGCUGGAGAUACUCCCGGUGAGUCGAAGUUGGCAAUGUAGUUGGGAUCCAGUGAGGCUGCAGUGAUUUAUCUCAGCCGCUUGUCCUUUAUUUGCCAUACUUGAUGGUGAGAAAACAGUACAUGCAGUUGAUGGAAGGUGCCUUAUGUUUGACUAUAGAGGCCUUAGCCAACUUGAAGAUCUAGUUCUUAGUCUAGUACUACUAAACAAAAGAACAAACUGGAGCAACACUGGGUCAUUUGCAUUCUUGGUAUUUGAUGGGCAAGAUUUUGAGUGUAUCUGAUAAAGCGUGUAGAGGGGGUUCUGUCAGCUUCUACCAGAGUGUGAAGUUUGAUAAUUGUAUUUUUGUUACCUGUCCAAUUUGACCUCUUAAUUCUUUCAACCUGCCUUUGUUGUACAGAGAGGAAGAAGACCGGGAGCUGGCAGCUGCUCGGAGGGCAUCCUUGGCCAUGCAUAGACAGGAGGAGAGAGGACCAGCAGCGCACGAGAGGAGCACUCCCAAACACUGCCGGGAGGAGAGGACCGAACCAGAGGAGCCCAGACAUAGGUCUGGACAGAUCAAACCAAUGAGCAAGCCACCAGGUGGGACAAAGUGUAGCAGUUUGUUUGCAUAUAUUUUCCCAUUUGGCUAAGUUAAACCAGAUAAAUUCACCUCACGGCUACAGGAACUCACUCCCAAGGUUUUUGUUCAUCUUUCCACAGUAAGAACAAUGAAAAGCAAUAAUCCAGAAGAUGAUUUCCCAGCUUUAGGAGCUACAGCAGCCACAUCUAUGUAAGUUUUCCACACACAUUCAAACUGAGAUCCUCAACGAACAACAUCCUGGCUUCAAGUGUUGAUUUAACCUGUGGUCUGUGUUUCUCUUUAGUGUAAAGCCAGCACCUGUGGUGGUGACAGCUGCCCAACCUGCUUUAAAGGAAGAUGACUUCCCCAGCCUCUCAUCAGUUGCCAUGACAACCCCCAUGACCCCAGCAUACUCUGCCCAACCGAAGAAAACUUCCUCAUUCCAAGAGGAGGACUUCCCAGCUCUUGUAUCAAAGAUUCGACCCCUCAAAGCUGCAGCCAGCAGAAACUCUGCUUGGUCUACUCAUACUGCCACCACAGCUAAACCCAGCACUCACCUACCUCUUGUAUCUAGAAGUUCUCCUCAGCUUUCAUCUGCCUCCUCUGGCCCACAGCCCCUCUCCUCUUCCACUUCCUCAUCAUCAUGCAAGAAGAAGAAAGUAGGGCAGAAUGGGAAAGGAGUGUCUACUCGUUCUCCUCCUCCUUCUGACGAUGAUAAGGAAGGAUUGACGCAGCAGGAAUUCCGCUCUGUGCCCACCAUGUUGGAUAUCUCCUCUCUGCUCACUGUUAAAAGUGGGAACAGCAAAAACUCUACAGCAAUUUCCACUGCUUCAAACCAGAGCUCCAGCACAGAUCCUCCACCUUCUAAAGCCAGCAAGAAGAAAAAGCAGCAGAAGAUCACAGCUGCUCCCUCCACGUCUGUGUCCUCAGCAUCAGGGCUCACUCAGACAUUAAAUUCAAUCUCAGGGGAAACAGCAGCACAGAAGGAGAAUGUGCCUGAGAAAACUUGGAGUAAACCUCUUAAUGGUGCUGUGACAGCAGCUCUGACAAGUGGAUUGGCAAAUGGCUACCCUGAAAAGACACAACCAGUCAAUAAAGAAGCUGUUGCAGUGAAGCCAAACUCAAGCAGGGACACUUCUGUUGAUCAGGAAGAAGAGUUCCCAGCACUCAUCACCAAGAACCCGCCACCAGGUACAGCAAUCUGACAGUUAACACGUCCCCUUUUCCUGACAUUUAACCUAAUUUACUCAUUUCCAUCUUUAGGUCUGUCAGUCCGGGUGGGUCACCUAUAGAGUAACUUUGCAUGAUCUGAAGCCCCCAGAAAAGAUUUAGUUGUCUAUUACUGGCAUUGUAUUGGCUACUUUUUCAGUGAUUUUAAAAUUGGACACAGCUUGGGUGCACAUGCUGUAAUUUCUUAAUUUCUUUUGUAAAGUUUUUACUGAACAAGGAGUGACACAGACUCUAGAAAUGAACUUGAAAUGCUCCAGCAUCCCAUAUAUCUGUGAUCGACAAUCAUGAAUGUAAUCUGUUUGGUUUUGAGAUUUUUUGUUCUUUAUUUACUUUGUUUAUUUGGCAGGGACAAAUGCAUGAGACAAUGCUUCAUAGUGCAUACAAAGGUAGUGUUUCAUCUCAAGUUUAUAGGCAUGUGCAAAGUUGGAAGCUAAAAGCCAGUCAAAAGCCAAGAAACGAGACAGCACAGACAUGGCAGCAAUAAAGCAGCACAUGUAAACAGCGUAUUGGACAUCCCAAACUAAGCUUUAUGACUAAUGAGCAUAAAGUCGUUUAGAUGUGUUUUUUGAUCCAGGUUCAGGAGCAGUUUUGGAUGUGCAUUCUACACAAUUGAAAUAUGAACCUUAACCCCCUUUUUUGCUUUUUAUAUCAGUGACUGCAAUUAAAAAGAGAGGAUUUGUUAACACUUUGUAUUUCAGGCUUCAAGAGCUCCUUUCCAAUGAAGGCUUCAGCUCCUGCCCCAUCCUCAACAAUGCCGCCACCGGGCCUGGGAAUCUCAGCCACUAAACCUCCACCAGGCUUCACCGGGAUCCCCCUUAACAGUAAUGUGGUGGAGCCUGCUCCCACUUCAGUCAACCCGUGAGACAACCUCUGUUUCUCUCUUUCCUUACCUUUUGAUCUGUGGACGUUUAUUUAUAGUCGGUCGUCUUUUUUUUAAUUUUUUUUCUAAUUUUAAUUUUCAGGCCUGCUAAGAUGUCGAGCAAUGGUUACCUGGUACCAGAGGACUUCCAGCAGAGGAACCUGGAGCUGAUCCAGUGCAUCAGGAAGUACCUACACAAUGAUGAGUCACAGUUCAACGAGUUCAAAAACUACUCUGCACAGUUCAGACAGGUACCCACCACAUGCUUAUCAAUAUUAUCACCCUGAGUUUUUGUACUUCCAUCACUUUUUGGAUGUUUUGCUUCUGCACUUUUUAUUUGCAGGAGUAAUCAUCACAUUUAUUAGUUCUUUAGGAGAUUGAUACUUGAGAAUCUGUCAAAACCAGUGGUUAACAAUUGUAAACAACAAAGAAGAUCACAUGCUCAUCUGUGGGACCUCAGUUGAAUCAUUUUCUUUGCUUGUAAAUCUCCUGUCUCUCUGUCUGUGUCUGCAGGGUGUGAUAUCAGCAGCCCAGUACCACCACAGCUGUAAGGACCUGCUUGGUGAUGACUUUAACCACAUCUUCAAUGAGCUUCUGGUUCUCCUGCCAGACACGGGCAAACAGCAGGAGCUCCUAACAGCCCACGGAGAUUCUAAGGCACUGGAGAAGCAGUCAGGCACUGGAGGAGGAAAGAAAAACAAGAACAAGAAGAAUGCCUGGCAAAGGCCGACCACAGGGGACAACGCAGCAGCUGAGCUGGACUGCCAGGUGUGCCCCACUUGUAGACAAGUGCUGGCCCCUAAAGACUUUAACUCCCACAAGACCCUGCACAACAGGGAGAAUGAAGAGUUCCCCUCCUUGCAGUCAAUUAGCCGCAUCAUCAGCUAGCCUUAGUCACUUUUUUUGUCCCUGCUCUGUCUGCCAACAUGGGGCAAACAUUCUGCUGCCUUGUCAAUCCCUGCAGCUGCCAGUGUGAAAACAGCAGCCUGUGACCAUUUCCCAGGGGAGCUCGGCGCUUAUAUCUCAUCCUGACCAGACUGUAACAUGGUUUGUGGUGUUCUUUUGAUGGGGAUCACAUCACUAGGUCUAUGUGAAUGGUUAAGCAGUUAAGACACAAAACCCUUCCCCAUUUCAACCUCAUUUUCACUUACAUCUUGUGAAGCUGUCUCCAGCUGGACCUAGCUCUUUGAGUUUAUUUAAUGAAGGUGGAGAGACCAUCUAAUGCUUUAAUUAAAAUCAGUGCCCUCUAAUGCAAAAAUUGUAAUGAUACAUUUUUCUAUCUUGUUUUUUAUUUUAAUUUUAACAAGAGACAAAAUGUAUUUUGCUCAUUAUUCAUUUUUGAGUGGCUUAACAAUAAAUUAACAGAAAUCUACUUGUUCUGACCAUUUAGCACAAAAAAGUUUAAGUUUAGCUUUUUGAAUCACUUGAAAUUUUUGCUUCAUAUAGAAAAAAAGUUGUUUAAAAUGUCACUUAGGAAAGUGGCAAGAAUCAAAAGGCAGUUCAGGAAUUAAAAGAAAAUUAGAUUUUAGUUUUCUUUUAUUCUGUUCAUAUCAUAUUUUCAUGUCCUAGAGGGAACUUUCUCCAAAAUUGUAUCUGAUCUAAUAUCACCCACCGUUUCAUUUGGUGUACAGGCUGAGUGAUGAGUUGGUUUAGUAAUGCUGUUAUGUUACCCAAGGGUUAUAUGGAAACUAAAAUGGCAUCAAAGAAAUCAGUAUCCAUGUGUGUUUUUUUACAGUUAUGAUCUACCCUUUUUUUAAAGAUCAGCUUUUAAUGUGAUAAUAUCACUGACUUUAGUAGGGUUUGAGUUUCAUGGAAAUGUCCAUGAAGAAAUGCCCUCUUAUUUCAUAUUGCCUUCUACACAUAAAAGACAUUUUCAUUCCAGCCUGCCACAGUCUAGUCUCUUUCGCAGUCUAAGGCCCAGCUUUGACACGCAGGGCGUGCUUGCUUUGUUGUCCUCUCUGUCAGGACACUGACUUGGUCUGUGUGUGUGUGUGUGUGUGUGUGUGUGUGUGUCUGUCUGUCUGUCUGUCUGUCUGUCUGUCUGUCUGUGUUUUGGGAGCAGUAGCAUCUGUGUUUGAAUGAAUGUACUCCACAUCAUACAGCAGCUCACAGGAUUUUCUGUCUGGCUUCAAUAAAGCUGUUUUUAUCAGCA